CUGCCACCGGCAACCCUUGUGAUAGUGGAUGGCGAAUACGUGAGUGAUUUGUACGGCAACGCUAGCCGACCGGUCCAAUUUUUCGGUGAUGUUUCGAAUAAGUCACACUUCAGUCUCUGGCUUGCCGAAACAGCACGGUGUCGAACUAUGUUCUCACGCAUCAAUUCCCUUGCCUGGCACCGCAAAUGCGGUCCCAAAGCCAAAAUGGACUUUAUGCGUCAGGUGCCCUGUACCACUGGAGAUGUCUGCUCCGAGGAGGACGAUCGCUCUCGUGUUCAACCCGAAUCGCAAUUCACCUUUACUGUCCAGGAUCGUCGACAACCUCGAUUCUGGUAUCUUAGUUUGAUUGCUUGCUACCGCAAUCUGACUACCUGCGAGUGGGAGACUUCAGCUCUGCCUCGACCUGACAUUGAUCUCUCAAAGAGUGACUGUCAUGAUUCCUCGAGGCCCUGUGUACCGAUGCGCAUGCGCUACGACAUCUGGAUGGUGAAUGGGGCACCACGUCUGCGUGACUACUACCGAUUUGAACAUCAGUUCUCCUUCGAGUACCAUGAUAUCUUUGAGAUCUAUCUCAUAUUCGGCCUCCUCUACCUCUUCCUUGGUGUCAUCCUACAUAUCAAGUACAAGGGGGAGUACGAGCCGUUGGCAUGUCUCCUCUUCAAACACAUCUGGUUGUCAUUUGGAGCAGCGACACUAAGGGUUAUCCACUUUGCAACCUUCUCAUUUGAUGGCGUUGGGGCGCCUGCUCUCCUAUUCAUCGGUGAUGUGGUUGCUCUUGCCGCGGAGUCCCUCCUCAUCAUCCUCAUCCUCACCACCGCCGAAGUUGGCUUUCCCAUCCUCCCUGCUGAACUUUCCCACUUUGAGCAGAAGGUUCGUCAAUACCAGAAACGUCAGUAUCGCCGAGUCCAUAGUGCUGCUAUAGUUCCCUCCUCUGCAGUCAGUUUCCGCGACAACGAAUCCACCACGCAAAACGGUGGGGGACGCUCCCGCUUUAAGGAUAUUGUUCUGCCUCCCACCGCAGCUACGUGGUCAGUGGCACUGUGUCGCUCUGAGACGGCAGCAGCAGCAGCGGAAAUGGCGAACAUGGUAGCCACUCCUUCGGUGGUCUCUCUCACCUACACCACUCUCGGCGAGGAGACAGAGGAGACCUCUCGUCUCUUGCCCGUGUGCGGUGGCCUCUGCAAAUGCACCCAACGGCGUCUGCGCACUUGCCUUUAUCUCGGCUCAAUGGUUACCCUUAUCAUCUCUAUCGAAGUGGCGCUCUAUGUUUGGGCUCGGUUUGAUCAGGACCCUGUUCUGGACAUUUCGGUAUGGAACACGACUCCGGGUCGUCUGUUGGUGGCCGUACGUCUUGUAGUAGUAUUUUGGUUCCUCGCCAUCCUUCGGCGUCGACGCACCUCUUCCAACGUAUCAGAGGUGAUCGAACCGUUGCACUUUGCGGUGGCCUACCUCCUUUGGCUUCUCGCCCUCCCCAUCGCCAUCUUUGUUGCACACACCAGCGUUUCGCCUCUCUGGCGUCACAAAACUAUCAUAGGUAUGGUUAUUCUUACUCAUCUUUCUCCUCUUCUCCAUGUAGGCGGUUCCUGA